GCAGAAAAAUAUUAACAUUUGACUUGCGCCGAGCAGGAAAGGAGCACCAAAAAGCACAGAAAGCAGCGCAGCAGCAGCAGCAGAAAAGUGCAAAAAUAUUGUAGUACGCUUACGGGUUUAAACGGUACAGUUACAAUUGAGUUGUCAACCGUUACGGACGCAAGUUCUGAUUAGGAUCUGUGUUAAAAGUUUUGCUUAAAAUUCAAAUACAAGUUAAACGUAGAACGCGCGUCGUUAACGUUAAUUCCACUUUACACAUACCAAAAAAUAUUACCACAGCAGCAGCGGCCUCAGCAGCAGCAGCGGAUUAACAUUUCUUUCUAAACACAACAAAAAACAAACCCAACUACAAAAAUGGCCGAUCAGCUGACAGAGGAACAAAUUGCUGAGUUCAAAGAGGCGUUCUCGCUAUUCGACAAAGACGGUGAUGGCACCAUCACAACAAAGGAGUUGGGAACAGUCAUGCGAUCCCUGGGACAGAACCCCACAGAGGCUGAGCUCCAGGAUAUGAUAAACGAGGUUGAUGCCGACGGUAACGGUACAAUUGAUUUCCCAGAAUUCCUUACCAUGAUGGCACGCAAAAUGAAGGACACCGAUAGUGAAGAGGAAAUCCGAGAAGCCUUCAGAGUCUUCGAUAAGGACGGCAACGGCUUCAUUUCAGCGGCCGAAUUGCGUCACGUGAUGACAAAUUUGGGAGAGAAAUUAACAGACGAGGAGGUCGAUGAAAUGAUCCGCGAGGCUGAUAUCGAUGGUGAUGGUCAGGUCAAUUACGAAGAAUUCGUGACUAUGAUGACAUCGAAGUGAAGCGUUAAAUUAUUUCUUUUUAAGCCUUUCUAUUUUUUUAAGAUGUUGACGAAGACUGUAGCUGUGCGCAAUGACAUCGCGCCACGCUGUUGCUAUGGACCCCAGUAAAAGAUCUUAAAAAAAAACAACAAAGAGUUAAGCAAAAAACAUAAAAAUACAAAAACAAGAAGAAUAUAAAACAAAAGCAAAAACAACAUUUAAGAAACUUAAAAAAGAAAAACUUACACUUAAAAACAAAAGAAACAAAGUAAAAAAGAAAAAGCAAGAACAUUUAAACAAGCAAGAAAUGAGAAAAAAAAACCCCAGAAAAGAUAAAGAUUACAUGAAAAUUAUAAUAAAUAAAAACACACACACACUUAAUUUUAAUUGAAAAAAACAAAAAAAAACAAACAGCAGUCAAGAAAAAAAGUCGAAGAGAAAGAAAGGAAAACCCAACAACAACAACAACAAGCAGCAAAACUUAAUGAAGUCACCGUUUAAACAUAAAUGAACAACAACAAAAAGCAUGUUAUAAGUAAUACAAAAAUUAAAACUAUUACACUUAAAAAUACUGGCAUAACACCACCACACACACUAGAACAACAACAAAUCAAAUUCAAUCACAACAACAACAACAGCAAUAACAACUUUUUUGAGUGGCCGCAUCAAUUGAGAAAAGCAAAACAUGCAAAGCAGCGCCCUCUAUGGGCCAGCAGCGGGGCAAAGCAGCGCCAUCUGGAGACGGAGGCGACAGCAGCAACGGCUAACUGUAAAAAUAAAUUGUUUCAAAAUAUAAACAAUACUUGUCGAAUUCAAAUGCAAAAAUAAAGGCAAAACACGAAAUAAUUAAAACAAAACAAAAAAAAAAACAAUAUUUGUAAUUUUUGCGAUAAUGAACAACAAAACUGACAAC